AAGCCUGAAGAGUGUUGCUCCUCCUUCCUGAAACUCUGGAGGUGUUGCGCUCCGUUCUCAGUAAAAACACCACUGUGUUCAUAAAGUUCAGACGUCUGGUUGGACGCAACCUGUACGGAACGGGGAGGCUCCGUUUGUGCGCUGUAUGGUGAUGUGUGUCAGAGCUUCCCUUCAGGAGAAAUGAUUCCUGCCUAAUGAAUGACCGUGCAAGAGUCUUCAGAGUCAUUUGUUUUAUUACGCUACGUGGUCUCUUGUGGAUAAAACAACGCACGCUUGCUUCCCCUUUCGCAAUUUAGAGGAUUAAGUCACAAAGGCUAGGCAGUGAUCAACCAUGCGGCCAUUAUCUCCACUGUCUCAUCUCAUUUUGUUUCACUUACUGUGUGGAUCUCUGAGCAGCAGAUGUCCUCAAGAGUGCAUGUGCAACUCCAAUGGUUUCAACUUCUGUGUCCAGCGGAACUUGAGCAACAUGCCUCGUGGCCUGCCCUCGUCCACAAAGAACCUCUACAUCUUUCAGAACAACAUCAAUACUUUGCAGCAGCAGGACUUUACAGAGCUUGGCGAGCUUAGAAUGCUUGACUUGAGUCAGAAUGCCCUCAGUGAAAUCCCUGAUGCUGUGUUCAGUCCACUCUCCUCUCUACACAACCUGGAUCUCUCUUCAAACCAAAUCACCCACAUUUCCAAAGACAGCUUUGCUGGACUGGUCAACCUGGAAAGGCUCUAUCUCUACAGUAACCACAUUCAGAGCAUUCACCCAGCUGCAUUUGAGGGACUAGAGAACCUACUGGAACUGAAGCUACAGGGGAAUCAGAUUAGUGUAUUGCCAGCUUUGCAACUGCCCAAGCUGCUCCACUUGGACCUUAGUUAUAAUAGUAUCCCACCUAUUGGACCUAAAGAUUUACAGACACCACAUCUUGAGUCUCUUAAAAUAGCUGGACUGCGUCUGACCAGUCUGAAUGAGGAGCUGCUAAGCAGCCUGAUGAACCUACAUGUUCUGGAUGUUUCCCAGAACCUGCUUGUAGAGAUUCAACCUACACUGAAGGCAAUGGGGGGCCUACGAACCCUCAAUUUAACUGGGAAUCCCUUGAGAUCAAUAAAACCAGAAGACUUCCAAAAUUUGGUUAAUUUGCUAGAGCUUGACUUGAGCAACCUUAAUUUGCAAGGCUUCCCCGAGGGCUUCUUCAACCUUUUCCCCAAACUUGAGAAGCUCACUGCAGCAGAAAACCCAUUUAACUGCCUCUGCCCCCUGGCCUGGUUUCCAGCAUGGGUAAAGGAUGCUCAAAUAGAACUGCUGAGAAUGGAGGAGACUCGUUGCCACUUUCCACCAAUAAACUCAGGAAAGUUUUUGGCAAGGUUGGAGCAUAAAGAUUUUGGCUGUCCCACUACGACCAUUGAGUUGACAAGUGCAGGGACAAGCAGUACUACAAGCAAGCCCACAAACUCCACCACACCAUCAGGCACCACGCACGUCAUUCCCCCGGCGCCACCAAGUGAGAUGCCCUCGGCAGACACAGACAGCUUCCCUCUUUCCCAGACCACUGCCUUCUCCAGAGAAAUCAUAGAAGGUUCUGAAGAAGAGGACAUUAUAUGCCCCUCCAAUAUUUGUCUAAAUGGGGGAACGUGUAUAUUUGACUCAAAUGGGGUGGUUGUUUGCCUGUGUCCACCUCCAAUGUCAGGACCCUACUGUGAGAUUCAAAAUCCAAGCUUCUUCCCUCCACCUUCACCUAGAGUUUCUAUCGAGACCAUUGCUACAGUCCAGCCCAGCACAAUCAGCUCCCUUCAUAUAACCAGCACUUCCAUUUCAUUAGACCUUCACCGUUACAUCCACACACGACCACACAUCCGAGGAAUCCGUCUGACAUACCGAAACUUGUCAGGCCCCGACCGACGGCCACUACAGCUGAAUGUACCACCAACUUACCCUGAAUACACACUUAGAGGGCUACAGCCAAAUAGCACCUAUUCUGUAUGUGCUAGUCCUCUGGGAGAGCCUGUCCAUGUCUCGGUUAGUGCCUGCAUGGAGGCUCGCACAACAGGAAUUCCACACUCCUCCCCCGUGCCAAGUUUUAACAGGACUGAACAGUCUUCCUCUCUCACACCCAUCGUGGCAGCUGUGGCAGUGGUGAUGGUAGUGGCCAUCGUAGCUACUGUGGUGGUUAUCCGGCGCAGAAGGAGAUUGAAGGCUCCAGUAGAUACGGACUUACAUGAGACAUCUCCUCUGGAGCUAGAGGGAGUAAAAACCAGUCCAGAGAAUGGUCUGACACAUCCGAAACCAAACGACAUUACCCCUUGCCCAUCUUUAGUGCAAAAUACCUUGGAAUACGAGACACCUUUAAUACAAGGAAAGUGUCCAGCUAACAAUAAUGUAGCUUGUACAAAACCUUUGUAUGUGUAAAAACCAUAUUGCGCUAUUCAUACCUCCAGCCCACAGAGGGCAAUGUGCUCCAUGACUCCUGCAGGCGGGUGCGAUGCAGACACUAGAUAAACUCUGGUGGGUUGGUGAAAAUUUUAACGCAUCCUAGCCAAACACUUUGACUGCCAGUAUUUAAACCAGGUGCAUUUGCCAUCAACAUUUUUCACAGAUGCCUUAAAGUGCUUUUUAUAACCAUAAGUAUCAGACUCUUAUCAAGAAUUUCUCUCUGAGAAGUGGUCAGACAUUAAUGAACACCGUGUUGAUAGGCUGGAAAACAGGUUUCUUUAAAGGUAGCUCAUUAAUUGUGUAGCUGGAUCUGGAAGUGGUAGACAGGAGUCAAACGGAGACUGGACGCCUGGACUUUUUUUUUGUCCAGAAACAAAUUGCACUGAUCAGAGACAUUGGGACUGUGCCUAAGAGGUGCCUAGAGAAGCUGAAAGUGAUCAGCCUCUUAAAAGAUGCUUCAAACAGGUUUUAAACAUCCCUCUGUUCCUCUACCCCAUCUAUCCUGCACAGGAGAUUAUUUGCUGUGAGAUUAAGAAAAAACAAACAAAAAACAUGAAGAGACUUUUCUUAAGCUGUCUAGUUUACGCCGUUAUGUUAAAUCUAUGUCAUUAUGUUUUUUGUAUUUUUAAAGGAACAGUUCACCAAAAAUAAAUUCUGGUAUUGACACCAUCAUGUCUUUCCAAAACUAAAUGAUUGUCUUUCAUGGAUUAAAAAAACAACUAAAUGUGGUAGAAAGAAAAACACAUGAGUUUGGAUUGAGUUUAUGAGGGUAAAAGAAACCAAAAAUUUAAUUUUUGGGUGAACUUUUUCUUUAAGUGCCAUUUCUGUGUCCAUUCUUGUGUUUAGUUGUUGUGUUUGUUUUGACUUGUAAACAUGAGAUUGUAGCAAACAUUCUUUCUUCUCUCACUUGAGUGCAACAAGUUAAAAUGCCUUUACUUCUAAAUGAAAACGAACUCACUUUACACGAGCGAAGUCUUCAUCCUGCAUCUGACAAAGACACACUUUGCAAGACUAUAAACACCCGGAGUCAUUUUUGACCUCAAACAGAUUCCACUCAUUAACAAACACACUAGUACUAUAUAAGGAUAUGGAUAACAAAUACUUUUAACAAAGCUGUUUUUUUUUUUUUUUUUUUUCGUACCCGCUUUCUAAAAAUGUCCUGUACUCAUGCUUCACAGGCCCCAAACACAAACUAGGGAAAGUCUUAAAAGCCAGGUUUUUUUUAAUUCGUUGCCAAGCUGAAUGCAGAUGGCUUUGCUCAUUUGUUUCAACCAGACUAUGAAAAUUAACAAAAGCAUACUAUGGUACAGUGAUGGUAUCAGGUGCUAAUACCAUGGUACUUUCAUAUAUACCAGAGUACUGAAUGAUUUAAAAAUACUAUGCCAAAAAACGUGUUUACUUCAGAAAAGAAUAUAACAAGACCCAAUGAGACUGAUAGUUUUUCUCUGUGAAAGUGCGAAUGUGUUUAAGCCAAAAGUGUCAAUGUGGAAUUGCAAGUUUAUGAGCAUUAUCAGUGCAGUAAAGUUGUGUUAAGAGAAAUGGAGCCAGUAAUCUAAUCCAAAGUGAGGAAAGGUCAACUGUCAAAUUCUCCCUACUCUCAGCAGCCCCUUUUUUAGCCCUGCACCACAUAUUUUUGACCGUAUACAGUAUGUGCGUUGAAGAUGUCAGCGUCUAGCACAUCGAAACGUUUGAACUGGAAAGAGCAACUGCUUUACACAGCAUGAGGGGCUUUUAAAUAUUUGAAACAUUUUCAAAACCGCUUUCAAGUCCCAUGCUUGCUUUGGGAUGCUUGUUGUUUCUCUCUUUUGUUGUGCACAUAGCCAAGUCUCCUUUUCUCUUUUUUUGGAUGUAAAAUGUGUAGUCUUUGGAAGAAAAAUGUGACAUCUGUUGAGAAAAUAAAAUGGAAAACCACUCUUCUGUGA